GGGGGGGGGGGAGAUGGAUGGAUUUCAGCAUCACUUUUGAUCUGCCUAUCAGAAGCACAGAAGGCACCACUACCACUGCGCUCGGGUCUGUCUCUUCUCUCCAUCCCCCUCUUUGAUUGAGUUUGUUUUGGUUCUCUCUUUCUUUUCUAUACUUUCCGUUUUCUUUCUUCUUUCUUCCUCAAUGUCGUUACCCUCUCUCCUCUUCCUCUUCCUCUCUUCCUUCUCUCACUCGCUCUUGUUACUGGCUCCAGCGCUGUGAUCCUUGCAAGGCUACUUCUGUGCAUGUGUGUGAGUGAGUGAGUGUGUGUGUGUGUCUGUGUCCAUCUCCCAUCUUCUCUCACCGGAUGGUGGAUAUGAGAUCCAGCAGGACUUCCAACAAGCCGGCCUUGGUUCCGUGCCUGCCACGCAACCAGGCUCAGCCGGCGCCGCAGCGGGCCAGCCAGCAGACCGGCGGGCCCCCGGAGGCCCCGGACCCCCGGGAGGAGACCACGGACACGGAGGACAACGACGAGGAGGAGCUGGGCGUGCUGGACGACCAGCGCAGCGUCAUCCUGCACCUCCUCUCGCAGCUCAAGCUGGGGAUGGACCUCACGCGGGUUGUUCUUCCCACCUUCAUCCUGGAGAAGCGCUCGCUGCUGGAGAUGUACGCCAACUUCAUGGCGCACCCGGACAUGUUCCUGUCCAUCACGUGGGGCGUCAGCCCCGAGGAGCGCAUGGUGCGCCUGGUGGAGUACUACCUGACCGCCUUCCACGAGGGCCGCAAGGGCGCCGUGGCCAAGAAGCCCUACAACCCCAUCCUGGGGAGCUUCCACUGCUCCUGGGCGGUGCCCUGUGACCGCGGGCGGCCCCUCCUCCGGAAGGGCGGAGGAGGCUGCGGCACGGGACCCGGCUCCGCCCCAAACCCCACGUGUUUCGUGGCGGAGCAGGUGUCCCACCACCCGCGGUCCGGGUUCUACUGCGAGUGCCGGGAGAGGAAGAUGUGCGUCAACCACGUGUGGACCAAGAGCAAGUUCAUGGGCAUGUCGGUGGGCGUGUCCAUGGUGGGGGAAGGGGUCCUGUAUCUGCUGGAGCAUGACGAGGAGUAUGUGUUCACGCUGCCGUGUGCUUACGCCCGCUCCAUCCUCACGGUGCCCUGGGUGGAGCUUGGGGGAAAGGCCACCAUCAGCUGCAACAAGUCUGGCUAUGUCGCCUCCAUCAACUUCCACACCAAGCCCUUCUACGGAGGGAAGGUUCACCGAGUGACGGCGGAGGUGAAGAACAACCACACGGGGGCUGUGGUGUGCAAGGCCCAGGGCGAGUGGAACGGCACCUGGAGUUCACCUACAGCAGCGGGAGAGACCAAGGUGAUUGACACCACCAAGCUGCCAAUCAUCAAGAAGAAAAUCCCCCUGGAGAAGCAAAGCCAAUACGAGUCGCGGCGUCUUUGGCAGCACGUGACCGCCUCGCUAAAGACGGGCAACAUGGAGGACGCCACGGAACACAAGCACCGGCUGGAGGAGCGCCAGCGCAGCGAGGGCAAGCAGAGGGCGGCCGCCAAGACGCCCUGGAAACCCAAGUACUUCAUCAAGGAGGGGGAAGGAUGGGUGUACCACAACCCUCUGUGGAAGGCCCAUUGACCACGAUGUGUGUUUGUGUGUGUGUGUGCGUGUGCGUGUGAGUUCUAUCUCUACUCAAGUCAAACAGCAGCAACCACAUCUCGAAGGGCCACUACGAGUCUGGAGGGUUCGGCCGUGGAUGGAGUGGAAAUAUGGGUUCCCCACAAUGAAGAACCGGAAGAAGCAGUAUUUUAAAUGUCUCAGCAAGACACUCGUUCCAGAACGAGAAUGUGCCAAAGAGAAAGGGGGAAAAGAGAGAGAAAUAGUGAGAGGGAGAGUGCGAGAGAGAGGAUUCCGAGCUAGAUUCCGAGCUUGCUAAGGGUCCUGAGAUAGAGAUGUGACUGAGUGACUUAAGCCGGAGAGGUGUUACUAGUAUUUUAGUUUUUAUACACCAUAGAUCUAAAUAGCAGAUCUCCUAUGUUUUCAGUUAUUUGCACAAAUGUAUGGAACAGCAGUGCCACUCAAUGUUUUGCACAAUUCACUGUAUAUAGAGUACAAAAUUCACAAAGUAUUUAAAUAACGUGUAGUUUCAUGCCUUUGGUGUAUGGUAAAAAAUUAUAAAUAAAAACGCUAAAUACUUUUUGAAAAAAACGUAACUAAACCAACCAUAAAUACACUGAAUAUGUAGCGAGAAUGGGUUAGAGAAUGUAAUAAGAUGGGAUUGGAUUUUGGCUUGAAGCCAUUAUAUAUAUACCCAGCCUUUUUGUAAUAGAGAGUAAUUUCAUCUGAGCCCUACUGCAGUCUCUCUGCAGAGACAAACAAAGUAUUAUUAUGCUUUAUUUUCAUCCGGUGCAAUGUUUCAUCUCCCUGGCCUUCUCUGCAUCCAUUGGGUCGUAUUUAAAAUAAAUUAUUUGUCAUCAACGAACAUCCAGACAGUCGGAGGCAAAACACAGAAGUUAGUAUCUUGGCCGUCGGUAAGAUCUAGUUCUUCAUGAGAUGACAGUGAAAAAAAACACUAAAAAACAGACUGCCGUUUUAAGCCCCGCCAGCUGUCACAGAGGGUGUUGCUGUAGCCUACAAUGCGUGGAUGAGCCGUGUGUUGGUUUGCCUUACGUGAAAACUGCUAAGCACUGGAGGCCACUUUGUAGUCUGAAGAGUAUUUGGUAAUGAUGAGAUGGGUCACUUUAGGAACAGCAGUGCACUCUUCAUUUUAAAAGGAUAGUGUACUGAUAUUGUUGGUACUGCACUGAUCCCGUGGCUCUUAAGUCACUUCACCAUGAGAAGAACCCUAAACGGAGAGGCUCUCUGGCAGGCUAUCUAUUAAUAUAUAUUAAUAAUGUUCAUUAUUUUCUAAAGUGAAUGUUUCACGGGUGACUGACACAGCAGCCUGUCCUGGUCACCCACUCCGUGCAGAGAUCAAACCUAUGCAACACUUUACUGUAGAAGCUUCCGGAGAACGGCUGCAGGAGCUUGAGAUUGAGAAUCUGGAGGAAACCAGUUUUGGUUUCAAAAUAAAAGUUUUAUGAUGAUGAUGAUCACUCAAUGA